AUGACAAACCGCUGGUCGUACCCCAGCCUCGAGUCUCUUGAAAACCUCCCCAUUCCAGGCAAAACUGUCAUAGUCAUAGGUGCCAGCGCUGGUCUUGGUCUCGAAGCUGCCCGACAUUACGCUCAUUUAGGGGCAUCUCGAGUCAUCCUGGGCGUUCGGUCACAGAACAAGGGCGAUGAAGCUAAACGGAAUAUCACCUCUAGCCUGAGUCCUGAAGCAGCCAAAGCAUGCGUCAUUGAUGUCUGGAUUAUUGAUUUAGCAUCGUUUGCAUCUGUUAAAGCAUUUGCGGACCGCGCCACAACAGAGCUUUCAUCAAUCGACAUUGCCUUGCUUAAUGCUGCCGUCGACAAAGCUCAAUUCGGACUUACAAAGGAUGGCUGGGAAGAAACCCUGCAAGUGAAUACUCUGGCGACGACGCUUCUGGCUUUGCUAUUACUUCCAAAGAUGCGGCAAUCAUCACGACCUGACUGGAAGCCGUGUUUAAGCAUUGUCGCUUCAAGAGGGCACCAGUUAGUGUCGGAGGGAGCAUCUUGGCAGGAUGCGCCCAACUGCAUAGAAGCGCUGAACAAGAAAGAAAAUUUUGGGCAGGCGCCUAUCAGAUAUUGCACUUCCAAGCUGCUUAUCAUUUAUGCGGUUAGGGAGAUUGCGAAGCUUGCUCUCUCGCCUCGAAAUGAACCAGACGUCGUGGUGAACUAUUCAUGUCCGGGGGCAUGUAAGUCGGACUUGGCGCGGGAAGCGGAUUCUAUGGGAAAAAAGGUUGGGCUUGCCGUCAUCCAGGCUACGAUUUGCAAGACGACGGAGGAAGGAUCCAGGACAAUAGUCUUUGCGACCGGUCUUGGCGUCCAGAGCCAUGGAUUAUGGUAUCACAAGGAUAGAAUGGCGGAACCCGGAGUACUAGUUACAAAUGAAAAGGGGCAAAAGCUGCAAGCAAAGGUUUGGAAGGAAAUUUUGGAGGUUCUGGCGCCAUAUGGCAUUGAGGCUGCUUCCAAAUAA